UCGGUAGCAGCGACUUUUGUAUCCUGAAACUUGUCUGUCAGGAGAACACGCGUCAGAUUUGGUUUAUAUAUACAUUGCAUACAUUUAAAUCCACAAACUUAUACUUGGCGUUAUAUAAAAAUAUGUAUUACGAAAUAUGGCCUAAGCUUUUAAUUAUGUGAACAUAUACGGGUUUAACGUUUUGUGACAAAGUUGAAGUUGAGCCUGAGAAAAAUAGCCUGAGCGUGUCUUAUUCCUCCAUAGAAGGAGAGUAGUCAUUGGCCCACGGUAAUGGCGGGGCUUUCUGAAGGCUUGUAGCGCUAACAACAACUGGUCCGACUUGUAGAGAAUUCCUGCACGAUCGAAUAAUUAAAGAAUAUCAAUGGACACGAGGUUGUUAACCGUCUAACUUUAACGCUGUUUUGCUAUUUUGGUAAAAGCGUUAGUUUACUAGCACGCCGUGUUUACGGAGCUGGUUCAUGAUGAGCUCAUCGCGGGAGAUAAAGCAGUUGCAGAAAGCAAAGAGCAAAGCCCAGAACAGCAGCAAUUUAAAAGAGGAAGCGAACAUCUGUAAUCAGCUGGGAGAGCUGCUGUCCAGAAAUGGUGACCACGAGGCUGCCAUCAGAGAGCACCAGCAGGAGUUGUUGCUCUGUGAGGUGCUGAAGGAUGUGAUCGGCCGGGCGGUGGCCAAUCGGAGAAUAGGAGAGUGUUACGCUGAGAUGGGAAACAUCGAGGCUGCAUUAAAACACCAGAAGUGCCACCUAGAUUUGGCUCGUUCUGUUCGGAAUUAUCCAGAGGAACAAAGAGCCCUGGCUACUAUUGGUCGUACCUACCUGUUCAGUUAUGAGUCGGACCAGUCGAGGAGCAGCUUGGAGAAAGCGGAGGAUGCCUUCAGAAAAAGCCUGUCUGUUGUGAAUGAUCGUCUCGAAGGGUCGGUGCCUGUACGAGAGCUCAGUGAGAUGAAAGCUCGCCUGUUCCUCAACCUGGGUCUGGUCCAUGAUCACCUGGGGGACUCCAAACUCUGCAGCGAGUUCAUACGUCGCAGUGUCUUCAUUGCUGAGAAGAGCCAGCUGCUGGAGGAUCUCUACCGUGCCAACUUCAACCUGGGAAACAUCUACUUUCGCCACGGUCAGCAUUCCAAUUCAGUGCGCUGCCUGGAACAAGCCAAAGAAUGUGCUCGCAAGAUGAAAGACAAGUUCAGUGAGAGCGAGUGCUUUCACUGCAUCGGCAAGGUGCAGCUGUCUUUAGGUGAUUUUGUCGCGGCUCGACGAUCUCUUAAGAAAGCUCUGCAGCUGGGAUCACAGCAGCUGCUGGACAGAGAGACAGUAAAGAAAAAUUUUAAAUAUGCUGAUAAAGGCUGCAAAUUAGAAGAACAGCUGGGAGAAGAUCAGGGUAAAAACCCCACCUCCCAUCAGGCCGUGGGGCUUGCAGAGCAGCUCGGGGAUCUGUACUGUAAAGUCGGCUGCUACAGCAAAUCCCUGGAUGCCUAUCGAACACAGCUCAAAGGCGCUGAGGCUCUGGGGAAAGGUGCUCGGGAGUUGGCAGUGAUCCACGUGUCCCUGGCUGCCACCUACACUGACCUGAGACAAUACAGCCAGGCUAUGGAGCACUACAGACAGGAGCUGGAGUUACGAAAAGGCAACUUUGCUGAGGAAUGUGAGACCUGGAUAAACAUCGCAGCAGCUCAGGAGGACGGUCGCUGUGGCUCACAGGAAAUAAACAGCAGCUACAUCAAAGCCUUACACUGUGCUGAGAAGUGUGGCCAGGCCAGACUGAAGAAACGCGUACUGAGGCUCUGGCUGGCGUUCCAGAGACGCGCUGGUGAAGCAGAUGCCGACGACACCGAGAUGAGGCUGAAGGAGCUCUGCACAAUCGAGAGCUGGAGUGUGGAUGGGAGUGACGUCGAGGAGGAUGAAGAGGAGGAGAUGGAAAACAGCGAACCGAUGGAUGACAGCGACGUCGUCCUCUCAGAUUCAGAUGACGAUUUAGAGGGUUAUGACAAGAUGGUAACCGGGCGAAGAAAGGUGGGAAGGUGGAACAGGAGGAACGAGAAGGGUGAGACGUCUCUGCACCGAGCGUGUAUAGAUGGGAACUUGAAGCAGGUCCAGUAUCUGGUGGAACAGGGUCACCCAGUAAACCCCCGGGACUACUGUGGCUGGACUCCCCUGCAUGAGGCCUGCAAUCAUGGACACUAUGAUGUCGUGGCUGUGCUGCUGGAGCGUGGAGCAAACGUCAACGACCCCGGCGGCCCCCUGUGUGAAGGAGUAACUCCUCUUCACGACGCCCUGGCAUGUGGGAAUUUCCAGGUAGCAAGGCUCCUGGUGGAACGAGGGGCAUCUGUCACGCUUCGCAACUCCAAGGGUGAGACGGCCAUGGACACACUGCGUCAGUGGCAGAGGAUGUACAGCAGAGAGCUGGACGACCAGACCAACCAGGAGUGCGCAGCUACAGAAAAGAUAAUUAGGAAAGCGCUGGCAGGGGGAGUGCCUUCUGCUCCGGCUCCAGCCAAGCCUUUUGAUGCCCUGCAGGACAGCCAGCUGUUUGAUGCAGAAAAUUCAGAGCCGCUGACGUCCUCAGGAGGGAGCUGUUCUGCUAACCACGAUUGGCAUGAACGCAGUAGGAGCAGGGAAGUGAAGGCAGGGCCUGUCAGUCCUAAGCGGAGGCAGAGCAAUGGUUCCACGCAGCGCAUCCGGACACGGGGAACGGAGGCUGCGGUUCUAUAUGGGAGCAACAACAGCUGCUCUGAGGACAGUGAACCCGACUCCCCCAUCAGUCCCCUCCGCCCCGUUCGCCCUCGGAACAGUUUUCCAGCAGCCCAGAGUCAAAGGGAAGUUGCACCAAGCAGAGAAAGCAGCUCCAUCCCACCGUCAGUCGGUGCUCGGGAAAAAACAGCCACAUCUGUCUUUGCGCGAGCAGAGUACCACAGCGCCAUCAGAGGCCUGGGCAGCUCCAAAACUCUCCUCCAGGGGUCGCCACAGCCGCUGCUGUCCAGCACACCUGCUGUAUCCUCCAACAACAAGUCAGCCCUGGUUUCUGAGAAGGAGUAUUUGGCAGAUGACUGGCUGGAGGACGACUUAGGGGGCAAUCAACCCAAAAAGAAGAGGAGGCUUCAGGUUGAUCAGACAGGAGGGAGCAGUCAAGAUAGAGACAUGAACUUUGGCACAACUUCCAGAGGUUCUGCUGUUCCCGCCUCCUCCAGCAGGGGUCUCACCUCGAACAAGAAUGGAUCUCUGAAGCCACACCAGGUCAAAAUGACACAGAUGCCUGGAAUGGUGAGACUGGGCAGACGGGAGGUCAGCAGGUCACACAGCCCAAACUGGACAGACGAUGAGGACGUGAGAUCUGUGACACCUCCACCUCCUCACGCACACGCACAGCUUCCUUCUCAAACCUUGGCAGCAUCCAUGCCUACAUCCCUUCCUCCACCAAUCAGAAUGCGGGUCAGAGUCCAAGAAGACGUCUUCCUCAUACCUGUUCCACAAAGUGCGGCAGACUCCUGCACCGUGUCGUGGUUGUGCGAGCAGGCUGCUCAGCGUUACUACCAGAAGUGUGGACUCCUGCCACGUCUGUCGCUGCAGAAGGAAGGAGCUCUUCUGGCCCCACAGGACCUGCUGCUGGCUGUGCUGCACACCAAUGAGGAGGUUUUGGCUGAGGUUUGCUCCUGGGAUCUUCCUCCUCUUCCUGAACGAUACAGAAAGGCCUGUCAGAGCCUGGCAGUGGAUGAGAACAAACAUGUCUCCAGGUUGUGUGAGGUGCAGGACGGCAGCUCCUCCUUGUCCGUCUCUGGUCUCAGUUUGCCGUCCUCUGCCCUCAACCCGCUGCUCCGUGCCCUGAAACUUCAGGCCAGCCUCACAGAGCUGCGACUUUCUGGGAACCGUCUCCCUGACAGUCUCCUCCCAGAGCUGGUCGCCGCUGCCAUCACCAUGCCUCGGCUUCGGGUGCUGGACAUCUCUGCCAAUCACAUAACAGCGGAUGGACUGGGGAAGGCGGUGAAUUCUUUGAAGGGACAAAGCCAAGCUGCCUUUCCGUGCCUGGAAGAGCUGGACCUCAGUAUGAACAACCUGGGUGACGGUGUGUCCGAAUCUCUGUCCUCUCUGCUGUCCUGCUGUCCUCUGUUAGCAAAGCUGUCCCUGCAGGCCUGUGGCCUCACUGCUCGUUUCCUGCAGCAGCAUCGACUGCUGCUGGCUAGCGCUCUCACAGGAACAGGCCACCUGAAAUCGGUGUGUCUUGCCCAUAAUGCACUGGGCUCCACUGGCUUUGAAUUGGUGCUGAAGACGUUACCCAUCUCCCUCCUCACUCACCUGGACCUGUCGGCUGUUUGCAGAGGUCCUACGGAUUACCCAGCACUGGAACACCUCACCAAAGUCCUAACGCAGGAGGAGUGUUCACUGGUCCACUUGAAUCUGGCAGCUAAUGGGUUAACAGACAGCAGCGUUGCCACCUUGGCCAGAUGCCUGCCUUCAUGUCCGACCCUACUGAGUUUAAACCUGUCAGGAAACCCUGCCAUCUCCUCAGCUGGACUCAGCAGCAUCCUGCAAGCUCUCAGAGAAGCUGCUCAUCCUCUGACAUAUCUCAACCUGCAAGGAUGUCAGGUGUCGGGGCCCUGGGGCAGUGCAGAUCUGGAUGGAUUGACUGAGUUGGUCCAAGAUCUCCGUCUCUGCUCUCAGGGACUUAACAAACUGGACAGGCAGGCCUUAAAGCAGACCUGGGACAUCAGUCAGGCACAUGGACACUUCACUGACAGACAGUCCAAGUGUUUUCUCACUGCUGCUUUAACAUAAAGCAAAGAGAGAUAUAAAUCAGCUUCAUGACAUUUGGUGAAAAUGUAAAUAGAUUAAAUAGGAAUAUCUAGUGUUAUGUAGCCCUUAUUUAUGUAAAACUAUCAAAAACAGAAUAUAGGUAAAAAGUUUGUUUGUCUUCUUUGUACUUUGAAAAAAAGAUUAAAGUGAUUCAUGCUAUCAUG